AUACCACAACGUUUCAAUACAGCCACAUUCGAAUUACUUCUAGCUGUCUACUGUUUUCGUUGCUGUUUGCUGUAUCUGAGCAAAACACGGCAAAGUGGCUUGUCGGACGAUUUUCACCAGGGUCUCGCACGAGCAGUCAGUCCAACUGCGCGCCAGCAAGAGUCGGCUUUCGUAAGGCGGGACUAUCCCCGCCAAAUCAUGAACAAGGUGGACGAUCGUGUGAGAUCACCAGGAACAUCACGAUGUCUAACCACCACCAUGUCGCUUUCCAUUUCACCUUCGAGCCCUGAGGAACCUGUCACGCUGGUGGAACUGACCAGCGUGCCAGGUGGCCAGAAUGCGAUGGCUCAUCUCAAAAAACGGAAGCUGGAAGCAGAAUCUGUCAGCCCAAAUCCUAAGCAACUGCAGCAACUGCAACAACAACAACAACAACAGCAGCAACAGCAGCAGCACUAUCAGCAACAGCAACCGUUGAUCAACAAGAAGGCUGUACAAACGAGCAUUCCUCAAGAAAUGGAGACAGCUGAUGCUGCUGCUAAGCGAAGGAGGAAAAGCGUACGCGACGAUGAGACAAGAAAAUCACUCGAUGCCAAUGACACUAGCAAAACUAUACCGUUGCCACAAAAGAAACGAGCAUUCGCUGCUGGGAACUCUGGUAGCCCGGCGAGAAAAUCCAGCAAGCAUUCCGAAGAACCCGAAGACGACGAGACUCUCAUUAGAGAAACGGAGGCUGCUUUGAAAAGUUUAUCCGGAAGCUGGCCUGGGCCUAGAGGUUGUUUGUAUCAACGAGGAAACUCGGACGAAGAUAAGUACGAAUCGAAUUUCGAGAAUCUAUUCGAAGAGAAAAAAGACAAUCCAAAACUGUCACCUUCCUCUGUGUCAACAUCUUCAACUACCAGUAACGAGACAGGUUAUUCUCUAAAAGACGUGAUAACAUUCCGUGGACAGCAAGACCGUAGCGGCAAGUCUCAGCAACAAUUAAAGCAACACGAUGCGAUUAAGCAAUUACAGCAUCAAAGCAGAGUGAAAAAGGAUCUGGAUACCGUGUUGAGAACAGAAAGCGAGUGUGGCAACAUUCAAAGCCAAGUGAACAAUGUGAACCCUAAUGAACCCGGAAAAAUUAGACCGGUGUCUGUGAGAUCCCUGUCGAGCAAGGAGCGAAACGACAGAAGCAUGGUCGGCACUCACGUGGAUCCCCAGGGACGACAAACAGAUAAAUACUCCAGAUACGAUCCGCCAGACUUCAAUGAACUGGUAGACGAUUCGUCGAACGAACUCGAGAUCGACAUGUCUGAUCCAACCGCGGAGAAGGACGACGCUGACAGAGAUAAGAUGAACGACAGAGAUCGUGAUCGAACGUGCAGAAACGGACAAUCGCCUCAGAAUUCAGCGAGGCAGCAACACCAUCAACAUCAACAAAUGUAUUCGAAUUAUCAUAGACAGUACAAUGAGAACGGUAUGAAGGUAUCGCCGAACGCGACGACCAGCUCCUCUUCUUCGCCGCCGUCGAAUUCUCCGUUCUCGGCCACGUCGGCAUUCAGGCCACCUAACACGGACCACGCGAAAGCUACUGGCCGCGGUACACCGUCAGUGGCGGUGGCUUCCACAGCGAUUCCACCUAUCGGCCCGUACCCUGCCUCGGCCACGUUUGUUGGCUACCCCACCGCUGGUCCUGGGCCAACGAUGCCGACCCCGCAACCUGUUACGGGUAUAUCGACCAGCUCCGAGGACAAGCAUUCGUCGACGGUUUCGCUGUUGCAGUUGAAAUCGUCGAAAGAGGACGCCCAUCACGUGGCCAGACACGAGGUGACACCCAACACUGUGACAAGCAGCAAAAGUCCCAGCGGUGGCCUUCCCGCCGUCACUAGCCCCGACUCCUCGAAACAAUAUACGAUCCUUCAGCCAGCAGGUGUUGGCUCCAGAGCUGCCAGUGCCCUUCAGGACAUAGCCAGGGACGGAGUGGUCAGUGUAACUGCUGUCAGCAGUUGUAGCACCAGUAGCUCGACGAAUGGGAACAACAACGGUAGCGGUAGCGGUAGCAACAACGGUGCUGCUGCUAAUUGCACCAACAACGUGCCCAGUAAUAAAAAUAGCAACACCAGCAAUAGUGGUAACGGUAGCGGUAACAGCAAUAAUGCUGCCAAUGGAAACGGUACCAAUGUGACCAGCAUCGCUAUCACGGCUGUCUCGACCAGCACGACCACGUCCAGCCCCACGACUGGCGGAGACGUGUCAUCUGGAACUGGAACGGCUCAGCAAGAGAAUGUGAUGAAAAUACCGGAAAGGCCUGGCACCUUUGAUGGGAGUAGGCCAGGAAUGUCCAUGUCUCCGUCCAGUCUAAGCAGAGAGGGCAACAAGUGCCCGACCCCAGGGUGUACGGGGCAGGGUCACGUGACCGGACUCUACUCUCACCACCGCAGCUUAUCCGGUUGUCCAAGGAAAGAUAAACUAACGCCAGAGAUGUCCGGAAUACCUCCAGAGUAUAUCAGCACGAACCUAUUGCCGCCUUCGAUGGACAGCAAGAGCUACUCUCAGUAUGGCACCUCGACGCAGGACACGAAACCAGUACUAAGCAGUCUCACAUACGACUAUUAUUCGACAACGAAGGGUACAGGGAUCAACGUGAAACCUCCGAAAACUCCGGAGGAGAGCCCUUCGUCCCGCACGAGCAAAGUGGUCCCUAAAACGGAGAAUAUGGCGACAAGCGGUAGUUGCUGCAGCAGUUUACCGAGCAGGGGUCAAAACACGUCCGACCUGUUGGUACCGAAGACGGAAGAAACGGCUUCUUGUAGGGUGAACUCGCCCCCUCCGCCACCUCCACCCAAUGUACGACCGACAUACGACUCGUAUAUGAAUCAAGACUCGAACUCGUCGUCGAUGUCCUCGAUGGACGCCAUGGGGUCCAGGGGGUCCAUCGGCGCGACGAUACAUCAUCCUAGUCAACACCCAACGCACCACGUGCUACCGAUGCAACCCACGGUCGCUUAUCCGAUGCCAAUGGUCGAGGACACUAGGAUGAGUCACCAAAUGUCGCAGAGGUCUCCUUACGAACCCUCGGCGAUGAUGGCCGCUGCGGCGGCGGCAGCUGCGGCAGCCACUUCCAGCGAGGAGCUUUAUCACCACAGAUCCGCGGAGCACGCGAGGGCCUACAUGCACCCCGGGGCUAGUAAUAUCGCGCGACCUGUCGUCACCUAUUCCAACGAGAUCGCGAACGCGAGGGGAUACGAAAACGCGGUCGCCAGUGCCGCCAAUCAUCGACCGUACGAUCCGGGUACCACGUCAGCUUACGAGAGAUACGACACACAGGGUUGCGCACCCAUUCAGUCGCAACAACAGCAGCAGCAGCAGCAACAACAGCAACUCCAUUCGAGGACGAACAUGUAUUACCUGGGACAAACAGGAAUGACACCGGAGGAACAGGAACGAGUGUACCAUCAGGAGGCUGCGGUCGCGGCUCAGCAGCACCAAAUGGCGAUGGCUGCUGCCACGGCUGCAGGAAUGAUGAAGAGCGAAGAUGUGAAAUGCGUCACAGUGGCGCAGGUGCAGCAGAUGCAGAAACCCGGGGGUCCUCCAACCUCUCCUGGAGGGUCGGUGAUGGACCUGUCCACUUCCAGUGUCACAUCAACGAGCCCUCAGGCGCCCCCGUACGGCUCUAACAGUCUCAGCCCUCAAUACGGCGGUGGUCAAACUGUAGGAGGGAGUCCUCAGGCAGCAGCAAGUCCCCACCUGACGGCAAGUCCUCAGGUUCCCAGUCCACAGGGACAGACCCUCGAUCUCAGUGUAAACAGGCUUCACAGUGGCGCACCGAGUCCCCAGUAUCCAACCGGCCACGGAGAAGCUGUAGCGGUUCCCGUUGGACCAGGCUUCCCAGCGCCCAGACCAAUCGAGGAGCAGACCGAGCCGGUCGACUUCUCCACGGCGAACGAGCCGGUCAAUUUCAGCGGGGGUCCUGGAAUCAGGCCUGUACCAGGGUUCCCACCACCCGGUGUGCACGUCGCGGCGUACAGCCGAGAAAGCACCCCCGACAGCGGAGGUUCCCACUACAUGGACGCCUACCGUGAUCCCACUGGUUAUGGACCAAUGAGCCCACAUCCGGGAUACGGGAUGACAGGUGUUCAGCCCGAAUAUCCAGCGAACACUUACACCCCUUACCCCACUGCGGGAUACAACUGCGGUGGAACUUAUCCAGGUGGCCCUGUGACUUCCGGUUACCAAAUCCCAGCAGGUUACACGCCGACACCCUGCUACAGUAUGCCACCCCCACAGCACACGGUUGGACCUCUCGAUAAACCUACGGGUAAAGACGAUAGUCUGUCCGGUUGUCCGCGUGCCGAUCGCUCCCAGAUUCAGGCGCAUUCGCAAGAACUGAAGUGCCCUACGCCUGGGUGCGAUGGAUCGGGUCAUGUGACCGGAAACUACUCGUCUCACAGAAGUUUAUCUGGCUGUCCACGGGCUAAUAAACCGAAGAGCAAGCCACGAGAUGGACAGGACUCUGAACCAUUGAGAUGUCCAAUCCCCGGUUGCGACGGGUCUGGUCAUGCUACCGGCAAAUUCUUGUCGCAUCGCAGCGCUUCCGGCUGCCCCAUCGCCAACAGGAACAAGACGCGAGUGCUAGAGUCCGGUGGCACGAUCGAGCAGCACAAAGCAGCGGUUGCUGCGGCGACGGCAAUGAAAUUCGAAGGUGUCAACUGUCCCACGCCUGGCUGUGACGGGAUCGGCCACAUAAACGGUUCAUUCUCCACUCACAGAUCUCUGUCCGGUUGUCCGAUAGCCGGACACGCGGUGAAGAAGCCCAAGUUCGAGGAUAUGUCGAGCAUGUACAGCAAAGGAAUCACCGGGGUGGACACCAGUGGUCCGGCUCACGGGGGUGCGGUGGGUACGGGUCAGGGUAACACGAGUGGUAGCGGUACCGCCACUGGCCAGAGCGAGGAUCUCUACACACUGGAGGCUGAGAUAACGGAACUCCAGAGAGAGAACGCUCGGGUCGAGUCGCAGGUGCUGCGCUUGCGCUCCGAUAUCACCGCCAUGGAAAACCAGCUGAAGCAAGGAGAAAAGGAAACAACAUCGAUUGCUCAGCGCAACAACAACCUGACCGAGUACUAUCAGUCGCUGCGCGAUAACAUGAUAACGCUGUUGGAGCACGUGCGAAUACCGAACGCCCCAGGCGGACCACAGGAGAAGAUGGGCCACGAGAAUUUUGACAGUUACCUGACGAAGUUACAGACCCUCUGCACCGCGGAUGGUUAUUGCGCGGACGAAGGGAACAGGCCGAUUUACGAGACGGUGAAGACCGCGCUACAGGACUUCACCGUCCUACCGACACCCAUCUGAGACCAUCCCUAAAGCUCGACGAUCGGAUAUGACGUAACUUGGUCGCGUUUUACCCAGUGACUUAUCGUUUAUGACGAAAUAAUGAAAGCAUGAUAAGACACCGGAGGUUCGCGUGGUUACUCAUUGAAAGGACACUGUGCGACGAACAUUGAACGCGACUCGUGUAUCGUUAAACGAUACCGAAAAAAAAAAAAGAAAAAAAAAGAAACAAAGACGUUCCCCGUCGAUGAACAUUCCAUUCUACCUCUCCUGGGUAGAUGAAUCAAUAGACGUUGCUCUUCAACGAAUAUCAUCGGGUGAUCUGCUCGUGUACCAAACGAGAAUGGUGCUUUUUACCAGCGUUGGUGGGGUUGGACACGUUGGACGGUUGUAUAGACUGUUAGUAAAUGUUACAACGGUAUCUAAGGUAUCCUCUGACGAUCCAUUCAGUGUGAUCUCGCGGAUCCGUGCGGACUGAUGUUGCUCAUAGCGAUUUUGUACAUACGGAACCUAUACUUCGUAAGUAUUAUAAAAAAAAAGAUCGGUCUGCGUGAAUCGCGCGCCGAUCUAUCAUCGUGAAUUGUAAAUAAAACAUGAGAGAAAGCAUUUAUAUAUAUAUACAUAUAUAUAUAAAUAUUAUUCGACGAAAGCGUUAAUGUGGUUAUCACUUAUAAUUAAGGCAUGUAAAGAAAGGGAUAAAGAGUAAAUGACAGGAACGUCAAAGGGAAAAUGAACGAGAUUAGCUUACAAUAGAUGUAUCGCUCUUACAAGUGCAUAACUGUUACUAACCCGUUAAGCCAUUAAACGUUAACACUACGAUGAUGUGAGAAGAAAAAACCGCUAAACGCUGCUUCAGCUGAAACCGACGGCUACUUAAUUAUAAAUUACUAUUGCGUACUUAUUACAGCUAGAUAUUACUACUAUCGUCACUGUUACAACCACCGAGAUCGUUUCUAGAAAUUAAUCCAAAUCGUCAUUAUUAUUAUUAUUAUGAUUACGGUUAUUAUUGAUUAUUAUUAUUGCUACCACACUACUCUUACUACUGGACACAUAGGAUAUUAGCGACGAGUAUACCGACGCAUUUAUAAUUAUUAUCAACGAGUCUACGAACGGUGCAACACGUUGUCCAUAAUGUGUAAAUAAUCAAAGAGAAAAUACGAAUAUUAAUAACGAGUGUGAGAGAUCGAGGAAAGGAAAGUGAAAUCCUUCGAAUUGAAAAGGGGUGCACUUGAGAUCGCUCGCGUAAUUUUGUCCCAUGAAAGAAACAAAGAUGUCAAUCGUAAACACGGUGUAUUUAUCAAAUUUUUAGGCGUAAAGUACGUGCGACAGGAUCGACGAGUUUUAUAUUUAAACAGGAGAAACAAUAGUUCUCGGUGUCGUCGCGAAUCGUCGAUCAGUCUGAACGAAGGGUACUCGUUCGUUUGUGCAAUAGCUUCGAAGGAACUCGUUUAUUUUGUUGAAUUAAUUUAUUAAGGUGAUACGCAAAUUGUUACGGUUCUGUUAUCGCAUUUACGUAUUUAUUGUACAUGUUUUUAUUGAGUGUAAAUAUCGAUAUCAUUGAGAAACGAAGAGAUAUCUUCUGCCUCUUUGACGGUUCACCGUUGCUGGCUCGACGAAGGAGACAAAUUUGACAAUACGCGUCGUUCGAAUCGGCAAAUCAAACGCUUUUGAUCCAUUCCAGUGGCAUCGAUAAGUAUACGACGUGUAGCAAUUUCUCGCGACGAAUAAUCAUUUGCCGUUGUCGGCUAACAAAUUUUCAAGUGGAAUGCUAGUCGAAUAAAAUGUAGAAAGUCCAUGAGACGACGGUAAGAGGCAAAGAUAUUGGCAUCGCAGUGCUUAUUAUUUUGCAGACUGAACUCAUUUCGUCGCAAUAGGAACAAUGUACAUAAGAGAGGGUGAUUAAACGCGGAAGACGAAUGGUAAUAGAGAGAAAUCAAUUAUUUCGUCUGUUCGAUAAGAGAAAGAAGGGAUAUACCUUUAACCAAAAAAAAAAAAAAAAACCACCGUGUAGUGAGAGUAAUAAUAAAUUAAAGUAUAGCGAUAGUCGGCCGACGAUUAACGAUUAAUCUCGACGUUAUCAUUAUUCUUGUCAUUGUCAUUAUCAUUACGAUUAUGGUUACCAUCAUCGUCACUGUGAUUAGAUCUAUUUUUUUGCUCAACACGAAUACUUGGCGGCGAGAAAACCGGGUAAAGAGGGUAAUCGACGAUUAACAUGCGCCCGUUUUUCUUCAACGUUACCAUGAUAUUUUAUUGCUAUUAUUGCCAUUAUUACCACUAUCGUCGUUACGUUCUCGUCAUUAUUACGAUUAUUAUUGUUGCCGUUGAUAAAGUUGUACGAAUAUAUAAGUUCAAUGACAUGCUUUAAGUAAGUAUAAAUGUUACUCCGAUUGAAUAAAGGGUAUUUAUCGAUGAA